AUGAAGAUCCUAUCGUGGAACUGCCGUGGGCUUGGGAACCUACGAGCAGUACGGGCCCUCAAAAGGCUCAUCCACUCAAAAGAUCAUGAUGUGGUUCUAGUUAUGGAGACAAGGUUGUAUAGUGCUGAGGCAUCGAGACAUAGAGGUAUUGGUGGUUUGCAGAAUGUUUUCCCAGUUCAGUGUGCGGGACAAGGUAGAUCAAGAGCAGGAGGUUUAUGUCUAUUCUGGGGUAAUGAGGUUGAGGUGGAGGUAAUAUCAGCUUCUUUAAAUCAUAUUUUAUUUAAUGUUGUUAAUUCAGAUGACAGGUCAGAGAUGAGGUGCUUGGGAGUUUAUGGCUUCCCAGAUGAGAGGAAGAAAGCGACUUGGGAUAUGAUCCGACGCUAUACUCCAUCGAGUUCUAUUCCUUUCAUGUGUUUUGGAGAUUUUAAUGAUACUCUCUCCCCGGCAGAUAAACUGGGUGGGGAUCCACCGGAUGUUGAGAGAUUGCAGGAGGUGUCGCAGGCGUGUGUUGAUUGUGCUCUACAUGAGGUGGAUUUUUCGGGUUACCGUUUCACAUGGUCAAAUAAAAGGAAGAGGCCUGGGACGAUUGAGGAGAGAUUGGACUAUGCACUUGUUAAUGAGGCGUGGAGAUCUAUUUGGCCAGUUACUUCUGUAUACCAUUUGCCUCGAUAUAGAUCUGACCAUAAUCCGAUUUUGAUCUUUAGUGGCUCUCGGAAAAUGCGGAAGGAGAUGGCUAGGGCUAAUUUGUUCCGUUUUGAGCAGUUGUGGCUUCAAGAGGGAGAGGAGUGUGCGGAGGUUGUGACAGAGACAUGGGGGAGGCUUCAGGCGGACCUUCCAUCUAAGAUUUCUCAGGUGGGAGAUGCCCUUCAGGGGUGGGGAAAAGAGAAGUUUGGGGACUUACCGAGGAAAAUUUCCGAUCAGAGAGGACUUCUUGAGAGGCUUCAGAGGAGGGAUCAGAUCGGAGGAGGUGGUGGAGAUAACUAA